AAAAAAAAAAGACGAAACAUCUUCUCUCAGCAUUAGCAAUGGCGAAACUCUUCGGUUAUCCAAUUAACAUCGAACCAGAGGAUAAAGAAGGAGGUGGAAGUGGUGGUGUCAGCUCAAUCACCGGUGAGACUUCUCGAUCUUCUACUACUCAAUCGCACGGCGAAGCUACAAGUUCGUCCUCAGAAUCGGAUCUGGAUAACUGCUUCAUCGAUUUCUUCGGUAGAGAGUCGUACGAGAUCGAAACGGUGUGCGAUGGAGGAUUUGGUGAGAUGGAGGAAGAUGAAUCGGUAGAAUUAGGGCUCGGAAUCGGGGCCGGGUCAGGAUCAGGGGAUAAGGAAUCCGAUUCGGGUCGGGUCGAAGUUGGUGCGGAUCUUGCUCCUUUUGAAGGUGAUCUGUUUUGCGAGGAAGAAGCUUUGUUGAUGGCUGAUGAAGUGCUCGAGUGGGAGAAUUUGCAGAAUGGUAUCACUUUGGAAUUAGAUCCUGUGGAAGAAGAAGAAGACGAAGAGGAGGAGGAAGAAGAGGAAGAGGAAGAGGAAGAGGAAGAGGAAUUGGCUUUACAAUCAAAUGCUAAUCUCUUUCUGGAGAAUCUAGAAAGUCAGGAUUUUUCAACUGUUAACGAUUUUUAUGAAGAAUCUGUAGAGGCUGCUGAAGAUAUACUGAUGGAAGCGAUGGAAGUCACUUCUUUCAUGGAUUUCGAUUACGGAGACCUUUUACAUGAACUUAAUGCAGAUUUCGUUGAUGCUUUUUUUCACCCCCAUCCAUUCAAUCAAGACCAGCCUCCUCCUCCAAUCAUGGCAACUCGUCCAGCUUCCAAAAGGUUUGUUGAUGAUCUUCCUCUUGUGGAGAUUACUUCUGAAGAGUUGAGUAAUGGGAGCGUUGUUUGUGCGAUCUGCAUUGGUGAUUUGGUUGUUGAGGAGAAAGUUAGGAGGCUUCCUUGUAGGCAUUACUAUCAUGGAGAGUGUAUAGUGCCUUGGUUGGGGAUGAAGAACACAUGCCCGGUUUGUCGGUAUGAGCUACCUACUGAUGAUGAUGAUGAUAUUGUGUGUGUAAUGAAUAGAUCACGGAUGUGAUGCCUGAGUUAGAUGAAGUAAUCUUUGUGGUUCUUGAUUUGAUAUGAUGAUGAUGUAUGUAUGUACAUACUGGUUUUAGUCAGAUAAAAGGGAUUCGAUAGGAACGUUUGCAGCAUAUCUGGUUCUUCAAGCUAUUUAGGCUCAUUAAAUUUCUUGGAUGUUGCUAUGAAUUACAAUUUCUGUUUGUUUAUUAACUAAGUAACUGUCAUUUCGACUUUGGUUAGGUUCUAAAUGUGAAAUUUAAAUUUUGUAGAUGUGAUUUUGAUAGCUUCUUCAAGAGUCUUUUGAUGAUUGUGUUUGAUGUGUGGAAAGUAAAGCAUAACUCGUGUGUUUUUUACCAUCGGUGUGUUAUCUUUGCUU